GUUUUUUCAGCCAAAAAAAUUUCACUCAGCUCUAGUGUUAAGUAACAUGACUGUAAAUUCCACUGUAGGUGUGACAAGUGUGUUUAUUCCUUGUAAUUAAACUUGGGAUGAAGAAAAAUUUACAACUAUGUUAAACACCUCCAGUAACAAAUAUUUAUCACAUUUUAAUGUAAGUGUAGACAAACCCUAAAAUAACUGACAGAGAUAAGAAGAAACCUUUUACUUUCCUCUAUUUUUUCCUAUCUCAGAUGUCCAAUCCCGAUGAUUUAAAUGUCCACAUUGUUAACUAUUUCACUGCUCAAAAAAUGUAAGAAAAGAGAGGGAGGAGAGUCAUAUUAAGAAGAUCUUUAUUAAUGCCAGCUCAUUCUGAUGCUACAGGAAGCAAAUGUGGGAAAUUAUUGCUAAUUUCCCCCCCAGUCAGGAAGGAGCCACACCCAAAAAAUCCAGCAGAACCAAGAGACCUUCCCUGAUCAUAUUUUUAGCAUUGAACAAUCUAUUCUGAGGGGCAAUCGAACGGGUCAGACAUUUUUCACAGAAACGGUUUUUCAUGUCAGACUGUUUCAUUUACAAACACAAACAGGAGCUACAGCUUAUGUUUUCUAGACCAAAGUAUCCAUCGGUACUGAGAAGCUGCCUUCUUUCAUGAUUUUAAACAAAUAAAAUAAAGGACUAUUUCAUCUUUUUCAUAUAAUAACGUCAAUAGCAGUAAUGCAUAUUAUGUACUAAUACACACCUCAUGGAAUAACAUCAAAAAUGUAAAUGAAAAGCCCCAUCAAAUAAAAUAAAAAAUUCUAAAUAAAAGUUUUAAAAUGCCAAUACAAAUUUUUUUUUCUAAAGCCAAACAUUUUCCAGAAUCCAAUUUGGAAGAAAAUUUCAAAUAUAUUGGCAUGUGUUCGGAUUCGGAACGAAAUAUUUCGAAAUGUCAAAACUUCCGGCGAAACGGAAAUUUGGAAUUCUGACCAGCUCUAAGUGACAGCUAAUGUUGGCAUCUCAAAUCAGUGAGAGUUGGUUUGGAGGCGGAUUGUGGGAGAAUACCACUACUAUUUUCCCUUUCCCUCCUCGGCUCAAACCCUGGUCAUCAACAGGGAGUGGUUGCUGCCCGUCCAAACCACCCAUGCCAGAGCCUCACUCUCAUAAGCCACGCCUCUUAUUUUGGCAGACAUCAAGCCUCUGUCUGGAAUACUGCAGAAUAUUUCAAGCACAGCAGCUGAGCGGUGGCUUGGCUCUGCACAAGGGUUAUAGAUACCAUCUGACCCUUUCUCUCUCCAGCAUUUAAUGACAGAGCUGAUUAGACUCACUUGAGAGUCUUUUGUUAUGGAUCACUAGAGCUGAGAUCACUGAUAACCAGCUGAAACAUGGAGAAAGAGACAAUGCUCUGUGACCAGCUAGCUCUCUGCUGAGCCCCACCCAUCAGCCUGCAGAUCACCCUCUGAGAUCCUCUGAGCUCCACAACUUUACCGUGUGCCAGUCGAUACUGAUUGCAACCAGAAGAUACAGGAAAACAAUGUGCCCCACUUGCUAAAUGGAGAAUGGAGGCGAGACAGCUAAGGCACUUCCUAACCCUGCAGGCUCACAGACAAAAACCAGACCAGAAUCUCACUUCUGGCUUUUCCGUAUCCUCCGGAAAUACAGAUUAGUCACGGUCCUGUUUCUGGUUUUUCUCAUUAUUGCUAUUAUUGUUUUGGCAGUGGUUAGCAGUAGGCCCUGCCCAAAUCAUGCCCCUACCACAUGUCCAGUCGAUUGGAUCGGGUCCCAAGGGAAAACAUACCCAUGGAAAUGCUACUAUUUCUCAAAAGUCGAUGGGGAUUGGAACACCAGCCAGAGAAACUGCUCUUCGCUCGGUGCCUCCCUGGCUACAGUUGACACCCGGGAGGAAAAGGAGUUUAUGCUGCACUAUAAGGGACGCUCAGAAACCUGGAUUGGCCUUACCAGGGAACAAGCAGACAAGCCCUGGAAAUGGGUAAAUGACACCCCAUUCAAUGACCACUUGCUUACUGGUGUGCUCUCUUCUCGGACUGUACACGCCAUGGCGGGGGAGGUCGUCUAUGCUGAUUUAAACAUCCCGGGAGCCCGCUUACCUCCUUCAUCUCAACCCCACAAUUUCCAUCAGUGUCCGCACUGGCAUCAACUUGUCUUGAGGAUCGGAGCCGCUGGGUACGUUGUCCUGCUGAUGACAGUCAUAGUGCUGAGUGUUUGGGUUUUUCAGGGCUCCUCAGGGAAUGGACUGGCCCCUGAAGGUGAGGCGGUCUCCGAGAGACUCAGAAAUGAAAGUAAAUGCGUCGCCAGCCAGGAGAAAUGGUCUUCUCUGAAACAGUACCUGUGUGACCCACCCCAAAUCAGCGCAACAGAGGGCGCCAGGUGCGUACUUUGCCCCAGGGACUGGCUGCCGUACAAGGGAAAAUGUUUCUGGGUGUCUAAAGAAAAUAGAAUGUGGAACAGUAGCCGUGAUGACUGCUUAACGAAGAGCUCUCAUUUACUGGUGGCCCGGGACCAGGAGGAGAUGGAUUACAUACAGACGAUCACAUCCGAGAAAAAUUCUCUUUGGAUCGGAUUAAACUUUAAAUCUCCUGAGAGGACGUGGAUUUGGGUAGACAGCUCCCCCUUCAAUGAAAACCUGUUCCUCGGAGCAGGGAGGCCCGGUGGAAGGGACUGCGGGGUGUUAAAAAGAAACCAGAUUGCAUCGGAAACCUGCAGCGCUGAAUUAAAAUGGAUUUGCCAGAAGAACGCGCUCCUGAUCUAAGCAAGGCCGUUCCAGCUCUGUUGUUGAUGCAAUUGAUGGAGAAAAGGCCUUCCGUCUUGGUCUGUCCCGUGAAGAUUAUCGCAAGGGCUACGUAACUUUCUUUGUUCCAUGGUUUGACACAUCUGGGGCCAGAUCCUCAGCUGAUGUAAAUCGGCAAGGCCUCGUUGAAGUCGGCAGAGCUGGGGGGCAGUUUACGGGAGAUGGGGAUGAUGCGCCGUGGUUAAUUCACUGCUCUGGCUGAAUGUUCUCAUGUUGUGCUGUUAAGAGUCUUUUCCCUGGUUCUAUCUCGCUCAGAGAUUCACGGUGGGACUGGACACCAAGCAACUCCCUUGUAGGCUGUCACAGCUUCCAAAAACCACAGACAGCAGGAAGGAGCCCUGCCGCCAACCUGGGGCUGCCAGGUUUUCUAAGCACGGUCCUCACUAAUUGCCUCUGAGCAGGAUUAGAUGGUCAGUUGUGGGUCCCAUACACCUCCCUGUCGUUUAUGGCACUCACUCUCUUCAGGUGUGUUCAACUCAGACCCCGAUCCUGCGGCAUUCUAAAAAAAUUUAUUGUCUGAAGAUGUCAGUUCAAUUCAAUGGUCUGUCUAGCUGGGAUCCUCUCUCUGGCAGCAGCCACUGCCCCAGAAAAAGGAAUAAAUCUCCUAUAGCCGUGGUUUUAAAACUGUGGGUCGCAAUCCAGUUCUGGGCCACGGAAUAUAAGGCACUGGGUCCCGGCGGCUCUGGUUAGCAGCGCCGACCGGGCCAUUAAAAGUCCUGGCAGCGGUGCUGCCCGGCUAAGGCAGACUAGUCUCUACCUGUUCCAACACUGUGCUGUGCCCCAGAAACGGCCAGCAGCAGGUCCGGCUCCUAGGCAGGGGGGCCAUGGGUCUCUGUGUGCUGCCCCUGCCCCGAGCACAGGCUCCACACUCCC